CCCAACUCAUCUGCUCUUCUUUGCUUAUUGCAUCGCUCAUGGCGAGCCCCAUCAGCCAUUCUAGCCAUGAAAAUGCGUCCGGCAAAUACGGAUAUGGGGAUGAGUCCCAACAUGGAAAGAACUUCCACCAGAAGGCAGAACAUUCCGGGCAUGAAGCGAAGGAAAAGGGCUACUCUCAAGAUGGAAAAGCCGCUGACCACGACGCGCUUCACAAGGACGCUGCCGAGCACAAGCAAAACAAAGAGGCUCACCAAUCUGGAUCCGGUAACAAGUACGUCGAUGAUGCCUCGAACUACAACAAGGAUGUGAAGACCAAGACUUUCGGAUUCUUCGACUACCGUUACGUUCAACCACAAUACCACAUGGAGCAGUACCAUACCGAUGAGAAGCACGCCAACAAGUAUGCCGGAGAUGAGCACAACGCCGGGCAACAGCACAAGGACAACGGAGGAUACCACGCCGACGGACACCAAGGAUACGACAAGGCACAAGAAAAGCACGGAGCUUCCCACACCAACUACGGAAACGAGGACGCCGGACACAAAUCCAAGUACGACGACAACGAGGGCAAAUACGGAGACCACACCGAUGGAUACUACAACAAGGGAUACGACAACUACGGACAAGGACACGACUCCGAAAGCUACCAGCCAUCUUACUACCAACCGAAGCCAAAGUACUACGGAGGACACCAAUCCCACUACCAACCAUCCGCCAGACACUCAAGCCCAUACCAAGGUGACCAAUACUACGGAUACGAGGCCCCACACUACUGAGCACCAGCCUGGAGCAGUUUUUGAACUUUUCUAAUUUCGUUUUCUUUUAAGAUUUUGAUAUGAUUGCACACUGUGCUCUAUCACCGUCUUGAAAAUUUUUCAAUUUCUUGUCUUUUCAUCUUUUCGGGAAUAAAAUUGUAGUGGAAAUCAAA